AUGGUGUCUGUAGGAAGCACAACAAAAUCUGACCAGCCUUCGGGCUCUGGGAGUUCAGAUGGCAAUGGAUGCUCCUCACGGAAGCGGCCAAGAGAAGGGAGUUUGGGAGGCUGUCCGUCUGAUCUCAACUUGCCUGUUAAGAAUUGCAGAUUAUAUGAGGAUCGAAAUCAUGAGAUCACAAGAUGUUGCAGAUUUUCUUCCACAGAUUUCCUUGCGGAGGCUGCUUUAAGCUUAUUCCUUUAUUCUUCAUUCUUCCACAGAAAUGGUUUGUACCUUUUUCCUCAUUCUUCGUUCCUCGAUCAACCAUUCAAUCGCAGGACAGCUUAG